GUCGACACGCAUUUGACUCGAGUUCCGUGAUUGUUAUUAUUGUUAUUGUUUACGCUUUUACGCUCCUUCACGUGAUUCACCUCUUUUGUGCAAUUAUUUAAGGGUACCUAGGUAGUUUUUUUAACCUUAUAUUCGUUCCCCCAUCCAGCAGUUUCAUAACUUUUUUAUUUAUUUCAUAAGCCUACUUGGGGAUUCGUGGCCCGUUCCUUCACGCCAAGUCAUUCACUGUUAUUACAUUGGCUGUUGGGUUAUUAUUUAAUCUCCGCCAAUCUUACUAUACCGCAUCCUACUAAAGCUUCGCCAUACGAGAAAACCUAUUUAAGAUCUGUCGCACUAGAAAACGAGACUGACGGAUUCGACCACUUUGUCAAAGCAACCACCAUGGAUUCCUCGUCUGAAGCAAGGAGUGAGAAGGUCUGGCCGUUGAAGGAGAUCAGAGAGUUGGUGGAGCAAGGUCACGCAAUUGUUAUAUCCCGGGGAUACGUUUUGAAGUUAGAUUCAUGGCUCAACUACCAUCCUGGUGGUGCCAAAGUUAUCCUACAUGUGGUGGGGAGAGAUGCUACCGUUGAACUAGAUGCGUAAGUUAUUACCACACCACACUAUAGCUGAACCAUUGCAGCUAAUUCAAUCUAGAUUUCAUAGUAAGGAUGUCAGGGUCAAGAUGGACCGGUAUCGAAUCGGCAAGCUGGAAGAACCAUGGGUAAAUAUCAUACCCCCUAUCCAAAGACAAUCACUUCGGCCACCAGAAACCGAGAUCGAAAAAGAACCAUCGACGCCUAUUUCCGAGAUACCGUUGGUAGAUGUCACCGUCACCGAAAAUCUUCUCGCUGUCCCGCGUCAAGCAAAUCCCGACAGCGAUGCAAGCUCAAUUGCCUCUUCGAUUUUCGAUAACGAGGGUUUACGAUCUCGAAAUCGAGCAGCCGGAAGUUCAGUCGAUUCUGAAGAGAUUCCUGAUCUAGAACCAAAAAUGAUGGAUGCUGCUGAAUUGGAGACUAAAUUCCAAGCUCUAAUCGCGAAACUAGAAGACGAAGGUUUAUACGAUUGCAAACUCUCCGCAUACGUGACGGAAAUCUUGAGAUGCGCAAUCUUAUUUUCUCUUUCGCUCGUAUUUCUUCGUCUGGGGUGGUACGCAAUCAGUGCAGCAUUCUUGGGUAUGUUUUGGCAUCAAAUCGUCGCUACCGCACAUGAUGCAGGCCAUUUAGCCGUAACCCAUGACUACAAUAUCGACUUUUUAAUCGGUGGGGUCGUUUUAAAUUUUUGCGGUGGACUUUCCAUAGGCUGGUGGAAACGCAAUCAUAAUAUUCACCACAUCGUUACCAAUUCGCCGACACAUGACCAAGAUCUUCAAAUUCUCCCUUUCAUCGCCAUUUCUCCCGUAUUCUUCGAUUCUCUCUACUCGACAGCUUCAGAAUGUAUCAUGCACUAUAACUGGUUUGCAAAAUUCAUGGUCCCAAAACAAGCAUGGACAUACUACUUCCUCCUCUCCGUCGCGCGAUUCAAUCUCUACUACCUAGCCUGGGAUUUCAUCCUUCGCGACCUAGGCACCAAACUCCACCGCAAACAACGCAUCUUCGAACUGGUCGGCCAAAUCUUCUUCUGGACCUGGUUCGGUUAUUUCAUCGUCUACCGUAGCAUUCCCUCCCUCUCCCAACGCAUCAUCUUCUGCCUCAUAUGUCACAUGAUCACCCUCCCCCUCCACCUCCAACUAACCGUCUCCCACUUCUCCAUGUCGACCGAAGAAUCCGAACCAAGCGAACACUGGAUCCAACGCAUGUUCCGCACAACCAUGGACGUAGAUUGUCCGACAUGGAUGGAUUGGUUUCAUGGCGGUCUCCAAUUCCAGGUUACGCAUCAUUUGUUCCCGCGCAUGCCGAGACAUAAUCUUCGACGCGCAAGCGAAUUCGUGAAGGAAUUCUGCGCGGAGACGGGUCUCAAAUAUGAAGUUUAUGGCUUUGGGGUUAGUAAUGGGAGGAUGUUGGAUAGGCUUGCGGAGGUGGCCAGACAGGCGAGUUAUUUGAAGGAUUGUCAGGAUAGCAUUGUUAGUAAGGGGGAGUAUUUACAUGGGCAUUGGGAUUGAGCUUUGAGCUUUGAUUUCGCGAUUCGCGAUUCUUGAGGCAUGAUUCAUGAUUCAUGAGUUCUUGCCGUUGGGGGCUUUGGGGCUUUUGUACAUGUGGUUGAUUAUGAUUUAAAAAAUUUGUUUGUAGCCCGUGUGUGUAUUUGCUUGGUUUAUAGAAUCCUAUAUAUAUAUAUAGAUAUAGAUAUAUAAACUUAUACUCUAUACUAAUAUCGAUGAUAUUAUAAAAUCUUUGAUUAUGAAUAAAAGUAAGAUAUAAGUCUAGAACUCUACUUUUGAAUCAUCUUUAAUAUAGACCACCUUUUUAUAUCAAAAAUCAUUAUUUUCAACUAUUAAUAAUUCAAUAACGAAUGAAUAAAAUCAAUUUAAUUUUAAUAAUAGAUUUACUAUAUAAUUAUUGAUGAGUUUUGAAAUUUUCAGAUUUUUCAUAAUUUUAUUAAUCGAGAUAUUAAAGAUUAAAAUUUCA